CCGCACGGACGGCGGCAAGAGCCAAGAGGACGAGGCUCCAGCAAGGCGGCCCACCACGGCUUCAAGCCUUCAACAGGCGGCGUCACGACCAACCCAGAGGCUUCACAGCAGCGGCAGCGGAUGUCCGACUCCCCACAGCUCCAGCACUCGCCUCCCCCUCCCGCCCCGCCGCCACCGCCGCCGCCGCCGCCGCCGGAGGCCAGCCCAACACAAGCCGAGUCAGCGGCAGCAAAUGCCCAGCCCCAGCUCAACCUGAUUCCGGUGAAGCCGAGGAUGAUCAUCAAGGGCGUGCUCGGGCGGUACGAGCGCUGGAACCCCGUGCACCCGACAGCCGGCACCUUCUGGGGCGUCGGGCUCGGCCUCGGCUGCGGCGUUGGCUGGGGCCCGGGAUUCGGGCCCGAGGUGAUUGGGUACGUCGGCGCCGGGUGCGGCGUGGGGUUCAGCGUCGGCUUCACGCUCGCCGGCGUCGGCAUUGGCCUGCCGCAGCACGUCCUCAUCAGGAACAACGAGGACAGCGGUUUUGCAAGCAAUAUGCCAUUUGAUUCAGCAAGGUACUACGCUGUAACUGCCAUCAGAGGCUUGGUCUGGGAUGCCAUCAACUAUGUAGCGGCAGUGAGGAAAGAAUCUCGGCAGAAGCUUCUGAAGUUCCAGGACAACCCUCCUGUCUCAGGAGGAGUUGGUCUGCCCAAGCUGGGGAAAGGCAUGCCAAGCAGCAUCCAGUCCACCGUGGAAUGCAUCAGGGCCUUCAAAGAUGAGCAUUGGCCUUCUUAAAAUGAAAAUCUAGUAUUCAAUCUAGCUAUUGAUUAUGUAGAUGCAUCUGUAAAUAUGAUGACGCUCUUUUGCUGCACUGUGCAUUGUGCAACAGUGAUGUAAUGUGAAUUAAAUUUCCACUUAUAUUGUAUACCCACAACUGUAGCCAACAUUUGUGAUAGUGUAAUGUCAAAUCGGGUAAUUCCUUCUGAACACAAGGCAGGUUUAUGGAUA